AGCUUGCCAACCUCUCACCUCGUCAGCCAGCCAUGCCGCCAACGCUGGGCCUACGACGGGCUUUACAGAGCCGCGGCCGCGGUCUCGGGUUUGGCCAGCGAACAGCACCGUCGUCCGUAUGUCUCUUCUGUUCCUUUGCGACUCGGCCUUCCACUUUUCCCACAUCGUCACCACUCAACAAGCUCCGGGCAACGAGGGCAAAACCACAAGAAGCGCCGGCUGUUCGACCACGAUACCAAUCGACCGGUGCCACCCCGCUCCGGCCCUUCAUAAGCUCGCCCUCCGACGCCGGCGAUACCGCCGCUGAACCAGAACCAAUUGAUCCCCGCAAAGACCUUGAGAGCGCUCUCCGCGACUUACAAACCCUCGCACCCAACCACGUCAAUCUCCCGCGCCUCCAGCUCGCCCUACGCAACCUCAGCCAAGAUCCCGGCCAUGAAUCGAUACGAGUCGCAUUCCUCGGCCUCACUACCGGCGACAAGCCCCAACACACUGCCAGGGAGCUGCUCCGCCUGGCACUCGCCGAUCCGCUAAAGUCCGCCCAGAACUGGGAAGCGCAACUCAAGGCCCACGACCCCUCCAAGCCGCUCAUCGUACACAUCGGCCCUCCCGAGGAGCAAGCCACGCCACUGUCGCUUGCCGCGAGCGAACAUGUUAUCCCCGAAAUCACCGUGCCGUCGCACGUCUACAACGAUGCCAACCUCGAGAUGAUAGUCAUGGAGGCCGACCAGGCAACCGUUGCGCAGGCGGGCGAGCAGCCGCACACCUUUGACGAGGCCAUCCUCGUGCCCGCCGUCGACACAGCAGCCACCACAGCCGGCCACUCGGCGCCCAUCGUCACGCCCGUGCACAUGGCCGUGCUGGUAGCCGACGGCGUCCUGGGCGCCGCCUCCAUCCUGUCACUGCCCAUCAGCCCAGAAAGCCAAGACACCAUCACGGCCGUCGCCAACUUCAAGAGGAUCAGCGCCGAAGAUAAGGCCGCGUGCCCAUCCCUGGUCAUCACUAGCGUCGAGGCUGGUGCACAGGGCCUCGACCUCUUCCGCGAAAGCGCCAGCAACGCCAUGAAGUACGAAGCCCUCUGGACCGAGGCCGGCGUGGGACACAUCAACAAGUGGCUGCGAUCCAAUGUGCUGUCGCAAGCUGAGCAGGAAGGGACCACCAAGGCGCCCGUGCGCAAGCUGAUCGAGUCCAUCCUGCACAACGCCGGCGCGGCGCUCCAGGCGGCCGAGUACCGCGACAUGAAGGUCUCGGUAGAAGGGGGCCCGUCGCCGCAUACGAUUGCGCGCCUGAACCAGGCGCUGGCGGACUGGGCCAAGGAUGCGCAUGAGGAGUUGCAGCAGCAGUUAGAGAUUGCAUUCGUUGGCGAAGCGUGGAGACAGAUGAACUGGUGGAAGCUGUUCUGGCGGGUGGAUGACGUGGGUAUGCUGUCGUCUGAGAUGAUUGCCCAGCGGUUCUUGCCCGAGGCUGAGAAGCGCUUGAUCUUUUUGGCCGGCAGGCUCCAGGAAGCUGGCAUCACUACUGCGGGCGGGGGAAAGCCGGUGACGUACUCUGGCCCGGCGGUUCCACCGUCGUUCCCCGAGGGCGAGAGCAGUGUUGUCACUACUGCUACUGCUACUACUACCACGGAAUCAGAGACCAAGGGAACUUGGCCUGCGCAUAUCCCCUUCACGAGGAACUAUCUACUAGCGGAAACUGUUCCGGCCCUGCAAGCACUGGCGCAAAAGCUCGUGCUGCAGUCAUCGACAUUGGCGGGUGCCACCACUGCACUCGGCGGCAUGUCCUGGCUCUCUGGAUUCGGAAUAUAUGAGUGCGGAGCCGUCGCCGCGUUGGGUAUCGUGUUGAGUUUGAGGGGCUUGCAGAAACGAUGGGAGAGGGCGAGAGAUUUCUGGGAGGGCGAGGUCCGUGAGGAAGGACGCAAGGCUGUUCGCGCAACCGAAGCCAGUAUUGCCGAGUUGAUGGAUAGCGUUUCUCCUGAAGUUCCCGAGGAUGUGGCGGUUGAGAUCGAGGAGCUGAAGGAGGCCAAGAGUGUCCUCAAGCGGGCCGAGGAAGCGCUUGCAAGGUUGAAGUAGAAAUGAUGGGUUGCAACAGAUGUUUAGAAGGGCAUUCUGCCAACCUAACUUGGUCAGUUUCAGACUUCUUGUGCUUAUUAUUUCCCACAGCCCUCUCGCCCUGCCUGUUAGUCCCUUGAGUGGGUAUUCUGACAAUACGCCCUCUCCAACCCAACCCCUAAACAGCCAGUUGUAUAUUUAGUCUACACGAUUCACUCUCACUCAGAGCAUUGUUGCAAGCUCAUCUUAUGCGAGCCUCACAUAUAGGGACAGGCGGGUUAGAACCGGCGGACGCAACAGAUCAACCAGGGCUACACUCUUAUGUACCACUGAAAAGCAAGCCGAAGUGGGAGAAAAGAGGGGCACCGGACUUUUGUGGUAGAUAUCAAAAACUGUCAGCGUAGGCUGAGGAUGGAAUGGGUUGUGUGUACAACAACAUAAUAGACAAAGACGAUGAAUACGUACCCUGUCUAUAUUAGAAGCAGGGCUAGUAGAAGUUUCGCUUUCGGUGCGAUUCUGUCCAUGCUGUAUGUGCUUGCUCCUUGGCCAAGGACUCAACUGGGGGAGACCUGAGGCUGGCUGAACAGCUGGUUCGCUCUGGCUGCUAAUCGUGAUGGAGCCAGGUUUUCGUUGCGUGCUGCCGGACGGGUAGCGGCUGUUGCAUCGACCGACCAUUAUCGUCCAGCUGGCGGAGCGUGAAAACCCCUGGAUACGCCACGCUUCUCCCAUGAUCAUCGUUUUGCAGCAGAUGGAUGAGCUGGCCAGCUGGAGUCCUCCAUAUCACUCCUCAUCGAGGCUCUCAACCCUCCAACCCCAGCCCCAGCACUCAAUCCAGUCCCUUCUCAUCUCUGGCCGGCCUUGAGCCACCCUCCCCAUCCCUCCUGUUCCUCCUCCUCUGGGCAUCCAAAGCUUUCCCCCCAGACUUUUCCAUCCAACUCGCUGCCCCCCAUUUUCGGUAGAAAGAAGAUCAAAAUUUGCUUUAUUGGUUCCCCCCCAAAACGCCUAAAAUAUCAAAAUAGCGGUUGUCGUUUCGCGCGGAGAAAAGGAGCCAUAAUAUGCCGAUUAUUGUGCCCCAAUAUUGCAUUGCGUUGUGAACUUUCAAUGAUUCUCGGUCUGGGUCUGGUCUUGUUCGAUGAGUCUGACGACAGUCGACGUUGUCUUCUAUCUGGCGCCGCCACGACCACCGGCGCGCGCCCUACUGACUGUCGCACGACCGCGGGCGAGACCGACACCGCG